AUGUAUAUUGUUUUGGCUUUUGUUUGUCUAAUUGGUGUCACUGAUCAACGAAUACUUCAUCGUCAUGACUUUUCUUCGUUAAAUGAUGAUGAUAAUACUUAUUUCCGUGGUUCAAAUUACAUUCGUUUAAUUAACACAUCUAUGCAUGCAACAUUUGAGCCUAGUCUAUACUCUACUUGGAUGAUUGAAACUGCACUAGGACAAAUGCAAAGUUAUGGUUAUAAUUAUGUUCGAGUAUUUCUUGCUUGCCCUACUUACUAUGCUGGAUUUGGACUUUCAUCUCCUGGUGUACCUCUUAACUAUACAAAGAAUGUUAUUGAUUUUCUUGUUCGUGCAGCAAAUCAUAAAAUAUUAGUGAUGUUAACAGCUGAUUUUAAUCCUCUAAAUUAUCAAUCAAUUAUCAAUUCAUAUCCAAUACCACCAAAUGUUACAGGAGGUAAUGUUAUAAUCUUUCAUCGUGGUCAAGUCGAAGCAAAAGCACAAUUCUUUCGAGAUCUUUUAUCUCAAAUCAAAGCAGUGAAUAUGAGUGCUUUCCAAAAUAUAUUUGCAAUAGAUAUUUUCAAUGAAAUUGCAGUUUCUGUUCGUGAACAACCCUUUUCUUUGACUAGUGGAUUAGUACCGUUUGAAGAUAUUCUUUAUGAUAUGGCUAACGGAAAUGAUCGUCAACGAAUGCUCGACAUUGCUGGUAAUAUUUGGAUGGAUACAGUCGUGGCGGCUAUAAAAUUAGUUUCACCAAGAAUUCUAGUUACAGCUAGUCUCUUCUCUCCUAAUGCUGUCGGUCAUGAUGGUUUCGAUGGCGUACAAGUUCGACCACCAGAUGCUGAUGAUCGAUAUCCUUUACGACCGGCAAGUCUAGUACAAAGUCUGGCUGAUUAUAUUGAUUUACAUGUUUAUGCUAGUGAAAAUGCACAAAAGGAACUAGCAGGAGCAGCUCUCAGUUCAGAAAAACCGAUUUUAAUGGGUGAAACAGGUGCAUAUACAGGAUUUUUUUCAAAUGCAUCCAUCGCUGCCCUGGCUAUUAAAAAAGUAAUCAUUGAUAGUUUUGAUUAUGGAUUUAUCGGAUGGAGUAUUUGGACAUGGGACAGUACUGAUCAACAACCACGUUUUUGGACAUUGACCGAACAAAAUAACACUAUCAAUAAUGUUUUAGCACCCAGUGUUUGGCCUAUUGGGAAACUCGCGAAGAAAUUGCCGAUAAAAUUCUAA